CCCGACGUCAAAAAUUUUGGCUCGUGACGGUCGGUACAGCUCACGCGCCUGUCCUGCGCCGCACUGUCCCGUCCUCGCGCACUGCGUCAUGGCGACGGCGGUGAAAAAGUUACGCAUUUCCUAACCGGAGUGUUGUGAAUAUCACAGUGGCAGUCAGCAGAUACACGUUAUGGUGGAUUACAGUGUUUCAGAUGCAGCAGGAGUCUCAAAGAGAGGUGGCCCUUUUAAAAUGGAGGAGCUGGCUCUAAGUGCCCUGCUGGAAUGUCCUCUGUGUUUUGUGCCACUGGAUGUGUCAGCUAAGGUCCUGCCCUGCCAGCACACUUUCUGUAUGUCCUGCCUGCAGAGGCAGGAGGCAGCCCACUCCCAGCUGCUCUGCCCAGAGUGUCGCGCACCUGUCCCUGUCAGGACUGUGGAGGAGCUUCCCGCAAACCUCCUGCUGGUGCGGCUCCUGGAGGGGCUCCAGGGCUCAACGGGGCCCAGAGGGGAUGGACAGACAGCCCGCUACGCUGUGCCCUUGGUCAGGGGCGGCUUGGCAGUCAGGGAAGGUCAGCAGCAGUUUGAGAGUCAACACAGAGAGAAGCAAGGACACAAUGAGCUUGCUCUCAGAGCUUCGAUACGUAACCAACGAGGUGAUUCGCCAGGAGAGCUGGUCCUCACGCCUGGUAACGGUAUCCCCCCGAAGCACAAAGUGGAUGAGAGCUGGCACCACGGAAACGCUGGUGCGUCUGUCACUGCCAGCACGCUGCAGGCCGUCAGCCAGAUGCCUCAGCUGCAUCCCCUCCAGCAGCUCCAACCUCCGGCCCUCUGCAGGGCGCUGUACGACUUUAACCCCGAAGAGAUGAAUCUGGAAGACAGUAAAUAUUGUCUCAGCUUCCUCAAGGGAGACAUCCUUACUGUCAUCAGACGGGUGGAUGAACACUGGAUUGAAGCCAAGCUAGGGGAGAAAGUUGGAAUUUGCCCUCUGCAGUUUACAGAGCCAAACUCAGUGGCUGCCAAACUGCCAGAGGGAAAGAAUCGGAGGGGGAGUGACUCAGCAGAAUUUCAGCAUCGGACAGGGAGUGGGGGCAAAGACAAGGCCACUGACGUAUCCAAUAGGACCACCCAUCACGGAGUCCCUCAGGUCCCGGCAAAGACACCCAUCAUCAAUGCUUUGCCCCUCUCCAGCCAGCGGAAACAGCCCGCAGCCAGCAGCAUCAACUUUUAUCAGACUGCCAAAGGAGAAACGACCAACAUCAGCACCUUCAACAGCUUCAACCGUCAGGGUCAGCCUCACCACCUCUCUGUGCCUCGGGCUGCCCGGGGCCACCCUCAUCCCUCUAAAGUGAACUCUCAGCGAAUUAGACGCCACUCUGACACUACGCACAGACACCUGUUACAGAGUGAGAGGAAGAUGACCAGUGAGACGCCACCCACCAUCUCUAUGGCUCUGGUGAACCCCCAAAUGUCCUCUGCCUCUGCAGACAACAGAACCUCCUCCACGCAGCAGCUCUCCAUCAGUGUGUGUGCCGUCCUGUACUCCUACAAACCACGUCGGCCCGAGGAGCUGGAGCUGAGGAAAGGAGAGAUGGUGGGAGUGUAUGGAAAGUUCAAAGAAGGCUGGCUGCGUGGGUUAUCGCUCAGAACGGGCAAAGUGGGCAUUCUGCCCAGCAACUACAUAACGCCUGUGCUCAGAACCUCAGCCAGGCUCCUGGAGACCAAAGCAGCUAAUGCGUCCUCACAGUACAACACAGUAGCUGGAAAGAAACCCACAGCUGCCAAGAAUCCUGCUGUGGUCCUUGCUCUUGAUAGGGUAAACUCUGAUGGAGCGAUAUACUCAACAGGACAGGUCCCAUCUGUGCCAAAUGGAGCACAGCAUGCAAUGUCAUCCACUGGCGCUGGAAAACCGUCCUUCUAUGGGAGUUCACAAGGUUGGGACACUGUGAGACGCAUCUUUAACCCUCAUAGAGGCUCAAACCAUGUCUCCCACACGUCCAAUCUGAACGUUCCGUCCAACUCACAGCACUUUGCACAAGUUCAGGCAUCCGGCUACUCACCUGCCAUGCAGAGGAAGAAAAACAGCAGCAUCCUGUCCAACUCUGUCAGACCACGGGGCUGGAUGACUGAGCCAGCAGCGCCCUCUGCUGCUGCAGUCUUUAAGGACAGGGAGUUCACUUCUUUACCAGAGGCAACGUUUCAGCAUGACAGACAGCCUCCCAAUGGGCCUCACUCAAUUCUAGUCAGACCCGACUCACACAAGAAUAAUACAGACAAGCCGGCAAAAUCAGUGCGGUUCUUCACAGAUGAAGACUCCCCUCCUCCAAGACCUCGCACCUCCUCCUGGUCAUCAGGAAAUCAGGUUCCGUCCAACUCCCGCCCUGGCCCCCCUCCAUUAGAAGUGUGGGCCCCAUCGCUCACCCUGGGAAGAGACGGACCAGGGAUUAUUCUCAAAGAAGGAAAAGCUCCUAUUCUCAGGAAAGGCCUUGAAACAACUGUCUCAGAUCUAAAUUCUAACCAACAGAAACCAAUGUCGUUACAGCCGUCGCUAUCAGCCGUGUCAGCUCAGUUCAGCCCCAGCAGACACAGAGUGACCACAACGCAUUUAGCCCAGACGGACUCAGAGCUCAGUCUGCUUCAAGGAGAGCUUGUCCUCGUCCACAGACCUCGACCUGAUGGACGAGUUCUGAUUACUCAGGAGAGCAGCGGGCAGACCGGCUUAUUCCACAGCGUUGUUCUUCAAGACCUCGAGAGGCUCAGCUGACUGUAGUACUACUGUAGUAGUGUAUAUUUCUAUAAUCCAUGUGUUCAAACUGCCAAAUGACUUGACUGACCUGCUGAACAACAAGAUGCGUGUUGAGGUCCAAAGGUUAAUACUGCCAUUGACAAUCCUUUGAAGGAAGUGUUUAUUUUUGUCCUGAGUGUAUAUGAGAGUGUGGUUAAAUUCCCUGGAGAUAUUUCGUGUGUUCUUCAAAUUACAGUAUGUGCAUGUUUGUUACACAUGUAGCCUACUAUUAUAAGAAUUUGCACAAAAUCCCACCUAAUGACUGUUCCUUGUUUGAUACCCAUGUUACACGCAUUGGUGAGUGCCUUUGUCAAAACCCACAAAGAAACGAACUAUAUUUAAAUAUAUUUAGAGAAAUUAUGAGGUAAAAUAUAUGUACUGCUUAAUGUGGUAAUAAACUAUACU